CGUCUCACUUGACCUCACUGAGACCAUACCCCACUCUCUCCCUUCAUCUUCUAACAGUCACUCACUACUUAUAGUUUCACCCAGAAUUAUCACAAGUUCUCGUCUUUCAUGGCGACCCGUUUCUCUCCUGCAACUCCUGUACGCUCCAUCCUCCAGCCUAAGCAAAACCCUCCCAAAGCCUUGCUCUCCGUUCGAGAUUCUUAUGUGGCUGCUGGGGUUUGGAAGAAAUGCCUGCCCAGCACGGUUAAUGUAUACUCAUGGAGUUCAGCUGCUAGUUAUGUGACACCUCCUGGUGGCUCUGCUAAGUUUUCUGGCAAUCCUGUUGUUGUGAAGAAGCAACUAUCGCAAAGGAGAGCUGGAACUGUAAGGGCUGCUACUGUUGAAGAAAUAGAAGCGGAGAAGUCUGUCAUUGAAAAUGAAGCUAAAGGCAGGAUGGAAAAGACUAUUGAAUCAGUACGAUCCAAUUUCAAUUCUAUUAGGACAGGGAGGGCAAACCCAGCCAUGCUGGACAAGAUUGAGGUAGAGUAUUAUGGAAGUCCAGUUGGCUUGAAGUCCAUUGCUCAAGUUAGUAGUCAGGAUGGAAAUUCCCUAUUGAUUUCGCCUUUUGACAAAUCCAGCUUAAAAUCUAUUGAGAAGGCCAUAGUUGCCUCUGAUCUUGGCAUGACUCCAAAUAAUGAUGGAGAAGUGAUACGAUUGACCCUGCCUCAACUUACAGAAGAUAGGCGGAAGGAAUUGACAAAAGUUGUAUCAAAACAAGCUGAAGAAGGGAAGGUGGCAUUGAGGAACAUAAGAAGGGAUGCUUUAAAAGCUUAUGAAAAACUUCAGAAGGAGAAGAAGCUCUCUGAGGAUAAUCUCAAGGGCUUUUCAACUGAUUUGCAGAAAUGGACGGAUGAGUAUGUGAAGAAGCUUGAUACCUUAUCCAAACAGAAAGAGAAGGAAUUGUUGAAGGUUUAGGAGUUGUUUAUGUUCAUGCACCAAUAUUGUAAAUGGUUGAGCUUCAGUUUCAAACUUUUAUAGAUCCCCUCUUUUGUGUUGACACUCACCUCAUGAGAAGACAUUUGAAAUGAAUCGCACAAUUUGUUUCAAGGCGAAAAAAGCAAUUGAGCCAUGUU